GAGAAUUCAGCAGGUGUUUCUUACAUACACCGACAUAAUUUUUUUAUACGUAGCCUAGUCUAGUACCAUCUUAGUAUUGAAAUUAUUAAGAGACUGUGGUGUUAAAAUGUUUUUUCAUCUUUAUUCACUGUUUUUGUGUCUGGCAUGGUUGCUGUUGUGUACUUUAACAUCGUUGGCCGAAGAACUAUGGAGGGGAGAUGUGACUGGACGAAUGAACAUUGGUGUAACAGCAUCAGGAUUUGACCAGAUCCGACUGGAUUGUGGGAGCAAUAACUUCCAAGUUGUCAUUGAGACACAAGCAGAUUUCAAGGGAGUACUAUAUACCAGAGGUAGCUUUUAUUCACGGAAGCCACCAUGCUUUUUAGAUGCUAACGGUGGGCGUCGUUUCCGGCUUAGGAUACCAUACGAUGAAUGUAACGUUGAGGAUAAUGGAGAGAAAUUUCAAAUUACAUUGAUUCUCCAGCACGAUAAAGAGCUCAUUAUGCCUGGAGACGGAGCUUUCGCACUAGAAUGCGAUUUGACGAACAAAGAUACAAAAACUUUCAAAGUAUCUGCCAUGUCCAGUAUCAGCUUAGCCGAUCCGGAUCCUUCUGGAAAGGAUGUACCGACUCAUUUAAGGUCAACUGUGAAAGCUCCAAACGUAGUCGUUUUCAAGCCGUCCGACAUUAGACCAAGAAAAUCACCUACACGUAUAGAACUUUAAAUAUUAGACAUUGGUGUAAAGCAUGCUCAUGUCUUAUCAAGUGCAAUUCAGAAAAUUAACAGCGCUUUUCGAAAUCCAUCCGUUAAAGCUUUAACAUACGAUAAGGUUAUCUGUCAUGCAAGGCAGUUCCUCUGAAACAUAUAGAUGCUGUACAGUUUUAUUUGUUGCGAAAUCGAGAGAAUAAAACAUUGAUUUUCAUUA